AUGGCGGGCAGCGAGGAGACACGCCUCCCCGCUUCCCCGCCUGUGGGGCGCCUGGCAGCGCCAGCAAGGCAAGCAGCGAGGCAGCCUGCUUCCCCGCUCGCUUCCCCACUGCCGGGUGCCCAGCAGCGCCGUGCCGGCAAGGCGAGGGGCAAGGCAACCCGCUUUCCCGCUCGCCUCUCCACCGCCUUCCGCACCGCCAGGGUGUACAUCAGUGCCGGCAAAAGGGCAGGAAGCGCCGGCAAGGCAAGCAGCGAGGCAUCCCGCUUCCCCGCUCGCCUCCCCACCACCUUCAGCACUGCCAGAGUGCCUGGCAGCAGUGGUAAAGCGGCAGAAAGGUGCCUGGCAGCACCUGCCCGCUUCCCUGCUCGACUCCCCACCGUCUUCCGCGCUGCCAGGCUGCCCAGCAGCGCCAGUAUAGGGCCGGGAAGGCGAGCGGCGAGGUGGCCUGCCUUCCUGCUUGCCUCCCAGCUUCCUUGCCUGUCGGGGCGCCUUGCAGUGCCGGCAAGAACUCUGGAGGACUUGGAGGAAAUGGAUGCUCUUGAACCACCGUUAUAUGGACAGAUCAGGGCAGAGGAAGGUAGUGGUGAUUUGGAAGAGACUAAUAAGCUACCAAGUCAUGAAACAGUAGAAUUAAAGGAUUCCUCUGUGCAAAGCAGGCAGAGUCCAGAGAAGGCAGUGGCAAUUCAGGAAUACCACCAUGAAUCAGACGAAGUUAUGGCCUUGGUACACUUGCAAGCCAAGAAAACAUGUAUCGUGAAUGAGGAAGCAUUCAGCCAAAGCCAGAAGCCAACAACACACCAGAGAUAUCAGCAUGAGAAAAUGCUGCUUUGUGACCAAUGUGGGAAGGAGUUCUGGUAUCCCUCUAAUUUCUCCCAACACCAGUGUGUGUACUCUAGGCAGAAAGCAGUAAAACAGACUCAGCCCCCCUCAGAACCAUCUGAACCACAUAUCCCCAGUUCCUUGGAACCUGCCUUAGAGAAUGUGGAGGACAGGCUUACAAACUGUAGCAAAGGAAGCAGUCAAAACUCAGAAGUAAUGACCGACCAGCGCACCUAUUGCAGAAGGCUGUACCUCUGUGACCAAUGUGGGAAGGCCUUCCAGUAUCUCUCUGAUCUUGCCUGCCAUCAGGGUGUACACUCUAGGAAGAAAGCCACAAAACAGGACCAAUCCAAAUCAGAAGCUGAUAGCCCCAGUCUCUUGGAGCCCACACCAGUGGUACUGCAGAUGGAGAGCAUGUCUAUGAACUCUAAAAGUGCAAAGACAAUGAUAGGUCAGAGCACCCAUCGCAAAAAGCUUCACUUCUGUGACCAACGUGGGAAAGACUGGUGGAGGCCCUGGGAGCUUGCUCAACAUCAGCGUGUGCACUCUAGGCAGAGACUAAGAAAACAGGGGCAGUCCCGAUCAAAAGCAGAUACCCCCAGUCAGGCACUGCAGGUGGAGAACAUGUCUAUAAAUUCUAGAAAAGCACUCAGUCAAAAUUCAAAGGUAAUGAGCAACCAGAGCACACACUGCAGAAGGCGGUACCUCUGUGACCAGUGUGGGAAGGACUUCCGGGAUUUCUCUGAUCUUGCCCGACAUCAGCGUGUGCACUCAAGGCAGAAUGCAGCAAAACAAGGCCGAUCUCCACCAAAAGUGGAUAGCUCCGCUCUCGUGGAGCCCACUCCAUUAGCACUGCGGAUGGAGAACACAUUUACUAGCAACGGGCUCAGUCAAAAUUCACAGGUAACGACAGACCAGAUCAGCCACCGCAGAAAGCUUCACAUCUGUGACCACUGUGGGAAGGUCUUCAAGUAUCGCUCUGUUCUUGCCCAACAUCUGCGUGUGCACUCGAGGCAGAACGUAGCAAAGCGAGGCCAAUCUCCAUCAGAAGUGGAUAAUCCCUAUCUCGUGGAACCCACUCCAUUGGCCCUGCAGAUGGAGAAUGCAUUUACAAACACUAGCAAAGGGCGCAGUCAAAUUUCCAAGGUAACGACAGACCAGAGCAGCCACUGCAGAAAGCUUUACCUCUGUGACCACUGUGGGAAGGACUUCCGGUAUCCCUCUGAUCUUGCCCGACAUCAGCGUGUGCACUCAAGGCAGAAUGCAGCAAAACAAGGCCAAUCUCCACCAAAAGUGGAUAGCCCCCCUCUCGUGGCGCCCACUCCGUUAGCACUGCAGAUGGAGAUCACAUUUACUAGCAAAGGGCGCAGUCAAAACUCGCAGGUAACAACAGACCAGAGCAGCCACUGCAGAAAGCUUUACCUCUGUGACCACUGUGGGAAGGACUUCCGGUAUCCCUCUGAUCUUGCCCGACAUCAGCGUGUGCACUCAAGGCAGAAAGCAGCAAAACAAGGCCAAUCUCCACCAAAAGUGGAUAGCCCCCCUCUCGUGACGCCCACUCUGUUAGCACUGCAGAUGGAGAACACAUUUACUAGCAACAGGCUCAGUCAAAACUCACAGGUAACAACAGACCAGAGCAGCCACUGCAGAAAGCUUCACCUGUGUGACCACUGUGGGAAGGGCUUCUGGUAUCCCUCUCAUCUUGCCCGGCAUCAACAUGUGCACUCAAGGCAGAAAGCAGCAAAACAAGGCCAAUCUCCACCAAAAGUGGAUAGCCCCACUAUCGUGGAGCCCACUCCAUUAGCACUGCAGAUGGAGAACACAUUUACAAACACUUGCAACGGGCUCAGUCAAAACUCACAGGUAUCGACAGACCAGAGCAGCCACAGCAGAAAGCUUCACCUCUGUGACCACUGUGGGAAGGUCUUCAAGUAUCGCUCUGUUCUCGCCCAACAUCUGCGUGUGCACUCGAGGCAGAAAGGAACAAAACAUGGCCAAUCCCAAUCAGAAAGACACAGCUCAACCCCCUCGACACCACAGGAAGACAGUAUGAACUCCAACAAAAUACUUCAUAAAAACACCAAAGUAAUGACAGUGCAGCGUAUCCACCCCACGAAACAACAUAUUUGUAAGCAUUGUGGGAAAUGUUUCAAAUGGCCCUCAGAUCUUGCCCGACAUCAGUGCAGAGUACAUAAAAGGUUUGAAUGGCUGGCAAAGGAAGAUGACCCAAAUCUCUUGGCUUCUGCAGCUAUACCCCUGAAAGCAGCAAGAACACUUACAGGUUACCACAAACCAUUCAGCCAUAAUUCCAAGCUCAUGACAGACCAGAGCCCCCUCACGAAGCAGUCUUAUUUGUGCAGUAAGUGUGGGAAAAAGUUCCUGUGGCUCUCUCACCUCACCCGACACAAACGUACUCACCUUCGGAGAAAGAAAAUUAAACAGAGAGAAUCUUCAUCAGACAAAUGUAGUCGCCCAGUUCCCAUUCCUAAGCUCCUUCAGGGAGAGAAUGAACUGGCAAACUUGAGUGAAGCAAUGAAUCCAAGUUACUUGCUAAUGGCAGAUCAGAGCACCCAUACUGAGAAGCCCUACCUCUGUGACCAGUGUGGCGAGGGCUUUUCUUGGUCCUCUGAACUCAUUCAACAUGAGUACACUCACUUGCGAGAACGCCCUUAUGACUGUCUUACUUGUGGACGCCAGUUCAAGCGCCAUGUGCAGCUGGUGAGACACCACAAGUGGCAUGAGGAGAGCCAAGAAGAAGGUGAAGAAGGUGAGAGUUUCCAGAACAUGCACUGGGGCAAUGAUCCUGGGGAGCACGUGCCCAUGGAGCUGCCACAAGACCUCCCUCCAGAGAAAAAUGGGGAGCUCUACAAAAUACUUGCCAGUCCAGCAGCCUGUGAGUGUGGUGCUUGUGACACUGGAACAAAUGACAGGUCUGAAUUGCUUCCUGGGAACAACGUUUGGGAAAUCGGACUCAACGGACACCCCCACCUCCUGUCCUUACCACAGGCUUGUGAGUGUGGAUGCUGUGAAAGCAACGGGGAGGGUGGUGCUGAACCACCUCUCCAAGCUGAGGUCACAUCCAAUGUCAUGCCAGUGUCUGUUGUCAGUCCCUGUGAGACCAUUACUACCGUGCCUGCAGUCCCAGCAGCCUCACCAGGAGCCCCUGGCCACGUUGCACACAUGCUGGAAGAAGAGGCCUCCACUGCAAACAUGGCCAUCAACUCUGUUGCACCUCCCCCUGAUCUCGACAGCCUAGACCCCGAGUGGCUCCCUUCCCCGAGGAGUCGGCUCCGGAAGCAAGUUCGCUCAUCUGUGCAAGGCGCCAAACCUCACUCCUGUCCCGUGUGCUCAAAGCGCUUCAGGCUUGCUGAAUACUUGACGAAACACUUAAAUGUCCAUCGUCCAGGGAAGCCUUACCAUUGCAUCAUUUGCGGGAUGAGAUUUGGCCGUCGUUCGUACCUGUUGAAGCACUGCAAGUUACAUACAGUGGGGUCAGCUCAUGUCUGCCCAUAUUGCGGCUGCAUCUUCUCUCAGCGUGCUUAUCUUCGGAAGCACAUGCACAUCCAUACAGGGCAAGAAUGGUCUUUUCCCCAGGAUGCCAGCCCUACUUAA